CAGGACGUCCCAGACAAAGGCCACAUCCGCUGCAAUUAUAAAAUUGGCCCAAAACUGGGACAAGGAGGAUUUGGCUUUGUCUACGAAGGGACUCGCUGCAAGGAUGGACUUGAGGUGGCUGUGAAAUUUUCAGUGAAGUCCCCUAACAUGGCCUAUAUCAGAGUGCCUGAUCAUCCCAAAGCCAUCCCCAUGGAAAUAGGCCUGACACUCAUGGCCAAUAAAAGCCCCAGAAGUCCUCAGAUUAUAAAGCUUCUGGACUGGGAGGACAAUGAAGACCAUUACAUCAUGGUCAUGGAGCGACCCAUGCCCUGCAUGGACUUAACAAGUUUUGUGAAGCUCCAUGGAGAGUGUCUUGAUGAGGGGACGACACGAAAGGUCAUGCGGCAGGUCAUCGAAGCCGCCAAUGCUUGCAUCACGUGUGGUGUCUUUCAUCGGGACAUCAAGAUGGAGAACCUACUGGUGAACCAGGAUACCAUGGAGGUGAAAUUGAUUGACUUCGGGUGUGGUGCGCAAAUGAAGAAAUUUGGCUAUGAAGUCUUCAGUGGCACAAAAGCGUACUGUCCACCAGAGGUCACCGUGAACGGAAGAUACCACGCAAAGCCGACAACAGUGUGGUCGCUAGGGAUCCUCCUGUUCAUGAUGGCGUGCGGAUAUUAUCCCACAGACUAUGACCUGGAACUGAUCAGUAAGAGGAGAUGGACCAGACCUGGCCUGUCACAAGAAUGCUGCCAGAUGAUUUCUUCAUGUCUUCAGUCUGAUCCACAGCAGAGGAUCGAUCUGGAGAAGAUGCAUCUCCAUGACUGGUUUAAGUCAGCUUUUGUCUGGUGGGCUGAAAUGAUUGCCCUUUCCAUCCCUCUACUCACACUUUGGCAUCUUGCGGGCCGGCAUGUCCUUGUAGCACCUGGCGCCUCGGCUUGAAGCAGCAAUAAGCAACGUCUGGCAGUCCUGCUUGCUCAGAGAUGUCUAAAUAAUAGUUAUUUGUGUAAUCUUUAAAAAUAAGUGUAUAAGUUAAGAGUUUGAGAUAAGUGUAUAAGUGUAUAAGAUAAUUUA